AUGGCGAUGCGAAAGCUGGGAUUCGCAGGUCUGCGCGGCCUGCGGGUAGACGAGCUUCCGACGCAGGUGCGUACCUGCUUCUGCAUCGGCGUCCAGGACCGGUGCAUGUACUCCCACACCUUUCACUUCCGUGGCGUGGAGCCCUUCACCACGGGCUGCACCGCUGUGGUCGAGGUGAAGAUCUUCGGCAGGUCGCUCACCGAAGACCAGGUGCUGCUGGACAUUUGCGCGGCACAAAAGUUGCUGCGCCGCAUCAUGGAGCGCUACGACCACCAAAAUCUCGACCGUCUGGAGGAGUUCCUGUCGCGGAACACCACGGUGGAGGUCAUGGCGCAGGCUAUCCAUGACCACUUCCUCGACGGCCUUCAGCAGCUGCACCUCGCCGAACGCGGAAAAGGUGAAGCGGGGCUGGGGCACUUGUCCCGGGUGGAGGUUCUGGUCAAGGAGAGCGACGUGGCGUUUGCCGGCUAUUCCAGCAACUCUGUGCCCUUCGUGGAGUGA